GCGAACGGCGACGUCGGAACGAAUCGCCGCGAUUGAUGACGCCUUCGAAUGGAACAUGAAAGUAAAACAAGAAAGUUGCGGAAGGUCAAGAUAUAGUGUGGAUUACGAUAAUAUUUUGUGGAAUUUUAAGUCAUCAAAUGCAGACUUCACAAGUCACUGAAAGUCGGAAAUGUGUGGCAACAACUGCCACAAAUUUACACAAACAACAACAUGGCAAACGCAACCGCAGCCAAGUCCACACGCCUUGCAAGACACACACAUACAAGCUCACCAGCUUAGUAUUUGUCAACAAGCGUUGAACUUUGCACUAAAUCCACAAACAAGUGAAUUUUCACAGAAUUAACGCAUGUGGCACGAACGAGUUGCAAGAAAUGGCUGCCGAAGAAAGAAAGCAUGCAAUGUAACACUUUCAUUUGCAGUUGAAAUGUUGAGCAAUAUGCCAGCGAAAUGCACGCACCAUAUGAGGCUGUCGAGAAGAGUAAGGCUUGAGGCUGCCCUGUGGUAUGUGUGCUGGCGUGUGUGAAGUUGGCAGUCUCACGAAAUAUGACUCCGGAAAAGGAAAUCGCUGGAAAUCGGAACAAGUGCGAUAUGCAAAUCAACUGAAAUGCAAAUGGAAACGAGUGAGCGAGAUGGAAAGAGAAACCGUCUGAAAGCGGGCGCAAUCGAGAUUAGAAUGAUUUAAAAGAGCGUUUAACUCAACCAACUGUGAAAAUCGGCGAAAAGAGGCGUCAAAGCCAGCCUAAAUGAUACGCAUUUCCAUACAAUAACAAGCAUUUCACGUAGGAAGGAUUGGAAGUAAGAGAAAUGAGUGAAGUGUUCGUGAAGUCAGAAAUGGAAAUCGAAGAUUGCGGAUUGGUGGAGCAGUAAUAUUUGAAUUAAGUUAAUAUAUGCGCGUAGUAACAGCAGCUAGACGUCUACAGGUCUUCAAAGUUGUAUAACAACAACAACAAAACCAAAAAACUAACAAAGUGAAAAUACCAAAUACUAACAGAAAGCCGAAAAAUAUUAACGCAGCACGACAAAAUCAAACGUACUAAUGAAGUGUGUUAAAAGCCGCCGUAUGAAGCGUGUUUUAGUAGUGAAUUAGUGAAAAACAACAACAACAUAGUGUAUUGGAAAAAUAUUUAGUGCUUAAAGUGUGUGGCAAAAGUGUUGACAGCAUUUGGAAAGCAGUGAAAUAAGCUGAAAACGGAAGUGAAGAAGCCGUUGUUGGAAUUAGAAACAAAUUGUCUAAAAUUCACCGAAAAAAUAAAAUAUUUUGCACAAACGUCACUGGCAUUUUGCAUAGCUCCAACUGCUGACAUGCAAUCAGCGGCUUGUCAAGUUAACAAUACGACACAACAACAAUAAAAGAAUUGAAAUGAAUCCAAAAAUAAAUAAAUAGAAAAAGAAAAUUCGAACUAAACCGAAAACGGAAAAAAUAAUAGUUCAAAAAAAACGCACGAAAAAUAGAAACAACAACCACCACCAGUAAUCCAUCAACACAGCAAUUUUUCAAUUCACACACACCAAACAGACCAUCAGUGCAGUGCGAGUUAACCAACAACAACAACAAGCGAGUGAUAGCACCGUGUGACCGACCUACCGCACUCACACAAUCUCACACUUGAGCAAACAAACACGCAGCAGUUAGUAGAUAGUAACAACAACAACAACAGCAGCAGCUAGUUUAUUUGGCAAUCGUUGAACCUGCAACGGCGCAUCAACUGAGAUUGCUGUGCUGCGCAUCUACGAGAUGGUAUGAAGGAGCCGACGAACAACUUGGACGAUAUUGUGCCUGGCAGGCUGACAUCAGCCGAAUUACGGGCGAUGGCAUUGCGACAACAACAGCAAAUCGACUCACAACACCAGCUGUUGGCCACCAAGGAGCAGCGUUUGCGUUUCCUCAAAUCGCAGGAGGUGCGGAAUGCUGUUGCCAGCGCUGAAGGUGAACGGUUGCGCCGGCUGCGGGAGCGCGUCGAGGCGCAGGAAUCCAAAUUGCGGCGACUGAGAGCGCUGCGAGGUCAAGUAGACUUACAGAAGACUUACAAUGUUACGCUGAGCAACGAUCUGGACUCGAUUCGUGCGCUCUUUAGCGAGAAGGAGAAAGAGCUUAGUUUAGCAGUGGCAAAAGUGGAAGCGCUCACACGACAACUCGAGGAUUUACGACGCGAUCGUCGCUGCCCCAUCAACCUACUAUCAACAGGCAAUAAUAAUGGCAACGCGCAACCGCUGCCACCACAAGCAUCACGAGAACUCGAAAAGCUGCGACGCGAGUUGGUGUACCGCAAUCAGUUGUCGCUGCAGCAGGAUGCGCGCCUGCACCUGCAACGCGAGGCGCUGCAACAGCGACAGGCUGAACUACGCUCCGUCGACCAGCGCAUCUACGAACUGCAGACGCGCUUGCAGCGCAAGAAGGCCGCCAAUAUACAGAACAAUGCGCAGAAUCAGAAUCAAAUGCAUGAUUUGCACCAACAACAACAGCAUCAGCAACAACAUCAAAUGCAUCAACAAACCGCCGCGUCACAGCAACAGUCACAUCCAUCGCCGACGCAGGCCUACACCAAACCACACACCAAUGUUGCCUACAAUCAACCACAGAGCGGCCAUCAUCACAAGCCGAGCGGUGUAGCGGCGCUCAAGCAGCAACUGUUGCAGAAGCAGGCAAAUAAUCUGCUAACCACAGCGCAACAACAGCAAGGCGGCUCGAAAUUCCCGAAUAUCAUCAAUCGCGAGCAGAAUCGCAACAUACCGCGCGGCAAUGUCGCCGCGGUGGAGCCAUACAUACACACGCCGCACAAACCUGGUGGCGCUUACUUGGGUGCAGGUAACAUACUGAAGCACGCGGCCGCCACGGCUAAUACGAAUCAGCAAAAUCAACUGAUACAGGAUUUGACACACAUGAAGCACAAUAUAACUGCCGCUACUCAUAGUCCACAGGGCGGCACGCCGCACAGUGGCACAAAUGCCGCCAACGCACAAACGUUUUUCAGCGGCGAGAGCGAUGAAUCAAAGUUGGCAAAGAAAAUGCUGACAGCGUCCUUGGCUGCUGCCAAAGCUAUGGAACCAACGAAACCUGUCGAAGUAGACACGUCGAUGCACAUCUACGCUGAGGUGGGACCGAAGAAGCGAGACCUGCAAAAAGCAGCCGAGGCAGCCAAAGCGGCGGAAGCAGCUGCACGCGCUGCUGAGGCGGCAGCGAACGCCACGACAAGUGGAAAUAUGGCAACUACCAACACUGCCACCACAACCACCGGCAGCAAAAUACCGAAAAGCAUCAGUUCCUCCACCUCAGCGACCGUUUUGAUUAGCAAACUGAACAGCGCCACCGCUGCCUCGAGGGAUGCGCGCACUGAUUUGGAGCGACGAUGUGAGGGAGCGGCGAGUGAAGCGCUUACCGAGAAACACAGUCAACAACAGCAACAGCUGACUGUUCAUAGCAUGCCAUUGGGCGCUGCCAAUAAGUCGCUUGCCACAGCUGUGGCGCACACGUGCGCAUCAACUUCUACAACAACAACGAACACGACAAGCGCCGAUGGCGCACACACACAAAAACCGAAACCGCUGCAGGCGCACUCAUCUAGCGGUUUGGCAAUACCGCCGCGUAAGCCAAUUAGCAGCGUGGCGCCCACAUCAGUGACAAGCUCCAUACCGAAGAUGGUACCUAUCAGUCCUAAGGUGAAUCGUGUGGCGCCCAAUGUUGUGACAGCCACUUCGACUGCUCCAAUAACAGCGUCAGCGGUGGCGACUGCGAAUGCCGUUUACCCAGAUCGGCCCGCGCUGCCGCCGAAACCAAGCAAAAUGUCGCCCACAGAGCACGUGAGUGAACACAACACCGGCGCCGCUGCAAACACACAAGCAACAACAACACCAUCGAUGCUGAAAAAGCCCGCGGUACACGCCGCGUCCAUAGCAGCAGCCGCGUCAAAUGAAUUGCAGCAAGCCACGCAGGGCUUGCAAACGCUCAAUAUAAAUGAUAAUCUACCGAUCAAGGCGAAACCACUAACCAUAAGGAAACAACCCAUGUGCGAACAACCGCGUCUCAAACUGAGCAGUAAUGUGCCCAAACCGCCGCUGCAAACCGCGCGUAAAAUGGAUAUGCCAGCCGCAGCAUCGCUCCUUUAUCCCGCGGAUGGCGGUCAACGCAAAGAAGCGCAGGAUAAUGGCAACAACAACAACAAUGUUAAUCGCUCAACUGGCUCUGGCAGCGUCACAUCAUCGGCCUCCUCAUCGCCGGAACAGCUGCCGCAGUAUUCGCCACCACAAGUGCCGCCAACAACCAAUGCGCCAGCGUCACAGUCUCAACACUCGCCAAAUAGCAACUCUCAAACGAGCUCCAGCCUCGAUGAGCUGGAUAAGAUUGAGCACCACUGCGAUGGCAUUGAAACCAACAGCGAUGGAAAUGGUCAGAAGCGGCGCGCCAUCUCCACUGGCAGCGCACCCACUUCUUCUUCACUUUCAUCAGCGAUCACCGGCAAUGGUAAACCGAAAUUGGCGCGCCGUGUGAGCUUCGAUCCGCUCGCUUUACUACUGGACGCCAGUCUCGAGGGUGAGUUGGAACUCGUGAAGAAGACCGCCAUGCAAGUGGCGAAUCCCAGUGCCGCCAACGAUGAAGGCAUCACCGCGCUGCACAAUGCCAUCUGCGCCGGUCACUUCGACAUAGUCAAAUUUCUCGUGGAAUUUGGCUGCGAUGUCAACGCACAGGAUUCCGAUGGCUGGACACCAUUACAUUGCGCCGCUAGCUGCAAUAACUUAUCUAUGGUGAAAUUCUUGGUCGAAAAUGGCGCUUGUUUAUUCGCUUCAACGCUCUCGGAUCAUGAAACGCCGGCGGAGAAAUGCGAAGAAGAUGAGGAGGGUUUCGAUGGUUGCUCUGAGUAUUUAUACAGUAUUCAAGAGAAACUCGGUAUACUUCAUAAUGGCGAAGUGUAUGCGGUAUUCUCGUAUGAUGCUCAAAAUAGCGACGAACUAACAUUCCAAGUCAACGAUCGUCUCAUUAUCUUGCGUAAAGGCGACGAUGCGGAGAGUGAGUGGUGGUGGGCCAAGAAUGCGAGCGAUGAAGAAGGUUAUGUGCCCAGAAAUCUGUUGGGGCUCUAUCCCAGAGUUCCGCCGCAGACAUCCAACUUCAAUGAUUAGCAGUUAAUACGAUUUUAUAUAUGUAAAAAGAAAUCGGGUCGUCUGAUACAAAAACACUACAUUUCCAAAUACUUGUAAUACUUGGCAAGACAUAACGGAGAUUGAAGUUAGAAGACUACAAACAUUAAUACGCACUGGUGUGGUAUGCAACAAUCGAAAUAAUGGAAGCCAUGCCGCUUAAUGCUCGACAGUAGCUUAAAAACUAUUUUAAUACGAUUACUUAUUAUUUGAUAGGUUGGGUUAGGUUACCUAUAUAUUACCUAUAUAUAUUAACUUUGUCUAAUUUUAUGCAUUUAUCAUAAGCUAUGUUUCUUAUUAAAAUUUAUGACAGCAUUUUGUUUGCUGUCGCCUGAAAGUGUCCAUAGAAUGUGCAACAUUGAUAUUUAAGCGUUUUCGAAGGUUUUCUACAAUAAGUACUAUGUAUAUAGGGUAUAUGCAAACAUACAUACUGGAUAUAUAUAUAUAUAUAAAUAUAUAUAUAAAUUUGUAUAUACAUGAUAUGUUAUACUAUGUAUGCAUAAGCACAUAAAAUAAAAUUAAAGCAAAAACAAAAGCAUAAAUAAAACACAACAAAUUCAUAUACAUAUAUUUGACUAAUGCUAUUCAAUAAGCUACUUCUAAAUAAUAAAAUGUUAAAGCUUACAAUAAAAAACUAUUAUGUAAUAAAUAAAAG